AUGGAGAAGAGAUCGGAGGAAGAGAAGCAAGCUGCUGCGAAAGCUGAAUAUGAGAAACUUCUUACGAUGCGAUCUGGUGGUACCUAUAUACCACCUGCGCGCCUACGAGCUCUACAAUCUCAAAUCACCGACAAAUCGAGCAAAGAAUAUCAGCGAAUGGCCUGGGAAGCUUUGAAGAAGUCGAUCAACGGUUUAAUCAACAAAGUGAAUGUCUCAAACAUAAAACAUAUCGUGCCAGAGUUAUUCGGAGAGAAUCUGAUUAGAGGUCGAGGGUUAUUCUGUAGGAGCAUUAUGAAAGCCCAGGCUGCCAGUUUACCAUUCACACCAAUAUAUGCCGCCAUGGCUGCGAUCGUCAAUACGAAACUUCCCCAGAGAAACGAUAAGGCUGUUUGUCUUUCUGCCACCACAUUCAUUGCCCAUCUUUGCAAUCAACAGGUAGCAAAUGAGAUUGUCGCGGCCCAGAUUCUGUUGUUACUUCUCAAUAAGCCGACGGACGAUAGUGUGGAAAUUGCGGUUGGAUUGACGCGUGAGGUGGGUCAACAUCUCGAAGAGAUGAGCGGGCCUAUUGCUCUGGCGGUGUUCGAUCAGUUCAGGAAUAUUUUGAAUGAGGCAGAUAUUGAUAAACGGGUGCAAUAUAUGAUUGAAGUCCUUUUCCAAGUUCGAAAAGACAAAUAUAAAGAUAAUCCUGCGAUCAAGGAAGAGUUGGAUCUCGUGGAGGAAGAAGAUCAAAUCACACACCGCAUGGCCUUGGAUGAUGAUAUUGACGUCCAGGAUGGAUUGAAUAUUUUCAAAUUCGAUCCUGAAUGGGAACAAAACGAAGAAUUAUACAAACGAACUUUAAAGCGGAAAAUUCUUGGAGAGGGAAGUGACGAUGAGGAUGAUGACGACGAGGAAGAUGAUAGUGAGGAUGAUGAGGAGGAAAAAGAAGAAAAGGCUUUAGAAAUUAAGGAUCAGAGCAAUACGGACCUCGUCAACCUACGACGAACCAUAUAUUUGACUAUCAUGUCUAGUAUCGACCCCGAAGAAUGUUGCCACAAGCUGAUGAAAGUUACGCUGCCACCCGGACAAGAGCCAGAACUUCCUUCCAUGGUUAUUGAGUGUUGCUCCCAGGAGAGAACAUACUCAAAGUUCUAUGGACUCAUUGGGGAGCGGUUUGCAAAGAUAAAUCGUCUUUGGACCGAUCUUUUUGAACAAUCAUUUGCAAAAUACUACGAUACCAUACAUCGUUAUGAAACAAACAGGUUACGAAAUAUCGCGAGAUUCUUUGGCCACCUUCUUAGCUCCGACGCUCUUGGUUGGCACGUUUUGUCUAUUGUACACCUUAAUGAAGAAGAGACAACAUCAAGCAGCCGUAUAUUUAUCAAAAUUCUUUUCCAGGAUCUAUCAGAAGCAAUGGGCAUGGCAAAAUUGCAAGCUCGCUUGAAGGACGAUAUAUUGCGACCUUAUUUCGAAGGAUUGUUCCCUCGAGACAACCCUCGCAACACAAGGUUCUCCAUCAAUUACUUCACAAGUAUUGGGAUGGGUGCUAUCACUGAAGAGAUGCGCGAAUACCUACAGAAUAUGCCAAAGCCAGCGCUGCCAACCUUACCUGCGGCUGCUGCCGAUGCUACAUCGGACUCAGGAAGUUCCGUUUCUACCGAAUUACUUUUCGGCGCCACCAGCGCCCGUAUGACAACUUCAUUACUUGAGUCAGCUGUUGGAGGUGUACUUUGCGAUCCAUAUGAUUUCCCGAUGAACAUCAAGGAUCCGUCCCAUAAGCUCGGGGGUACCUUUGGAGAAUCAAUGGUCGCGUGA